GUCGUCCUGCUGCAGCCAAACAACCGCGAAGUGGGAGCAUUAUAAAGACGUCACCCCAUGCUCCGACCGUGCCAGCGAAGUGCGCAGCUCUUAACUACACAACUCCAAUCUCCGAAUGCCUACAGACGUUACAGUUUGUCACAUCGAUCCUGGAUGUAAGCAUUCUGACACCACAAUCUGCGGUGGGUCCACAGCCGGAACAUAUUUGCGUUGGCACAGGACAUUUCUGAAUCGCUCUGGGACUCGAAGUCCUGAACGGAACGUUUCAACAGCGCUCGCACGUUUUUAACAAGAGUGACCUGGGGCCAGCGGGAGCAGCAUGGAGGAGGCGGCUGCCCAGCGCCCCCCUCUCAGCAGGCCGGGGCGUGGGCUCCAGGAGUGGAAGAGGCGGGUCAAGUCCGAGUACAUGAGGUUGCGCCAGCUCAAGCGCUUCCGCAAGGCUGAGCAGGUCAAGGCCCUGUUCCUGUCCAACCGCCAGAAGAUUGAGACUAGAACCCAACUGCUGAAUGAGGAGUGGUCCAAACAUAGAGUCCAGUCAGUCCCCCUAGCCACUGCCACAGGGUCACUGCCCAACAAGAAGCUCUGCAUGGUGGAGUUCAGUUUCCCCCCUUUCCAGAACCAGACUGUUGCUAUGCGACCACUAACAACAGUUGCUGGGAUACCAUUUAUGUACUCAUGGUCUCCUUUGCAGCAAAACUUCAUGGUGGAGGACGAGACAUUUCUCCAUAACAUCCCGUACAUGGGAGAUGAGGUACUAGAGCAAGACGAAGCCUUUCUAGAGGAGCUGAUUGAUAACUAUGAUGGUGUCCAUGGUGACAGAGAGGGUGGCUUCAUCAAUGACGAGAUCUUUAAGGAGCUUGUGGAGGCCCUGAGCCAGUACUCUGACCAUGAGGAGGAAGAGGAGGAGGCUGAGGACGGAGAGAGGAAGAGCGCAGGGGAGGAGCCCAAAGACGGACCAAUCACCACGCUCGGGGGGAACACGCCGAGCCUAGCCGAAGGCUGUGAAGGCUCCAACAGUCUGAAGAUGCCUCAUGACAAGAUCUUCACUGCCAUUGCGUCCAUGUUCCCCUACAAAGGAACUAUGGAGGAGCUGAAACAGAAGUACAAAGACCUCUUGGAACCGCCAAGUCCAGUAAAGUGCCCUGCCCCCCAAACAUGGGCGCUGUGCCACCCCAAACAUGGGCCGGUCCACUGCUUUCUCCACCCCUUCCAUGCCUCACCCAAUGUUUACAAGAGAAAGAGCAAAGAGAUCCGCAUGGAGACAGAGCCGUGUGGGUUGGAGUGUUUCCUUCUGCAGAAAGGGGCAAAGGAGUUUGCUGACCAGCACAUGUUGAAAUCGCAGCGAUCGCGCCGCCACCGCCGCCGGCAGCCCCGUGCCUCUGUGUCUGAUGUUCCUGCAUCCUCCGGCUUGGCGGAGGAGAGCAAAGACGGGGACAGUGACCACGAGACGACCAGCUCCUCAGAGGGGAACUCUCGCUGCCAGACCCCCACCAAACAGCGGCCGGAGGAGGAGGGGGAGGAGGCGGAGGUUGAGACCCAGGGGGAGCAGCAGUGGAGCGGAGCUGAGGAGUCGCUCUUCAGAGUCCUCCAUGGCACCUACUUCAACAACUUCUGCUCCAUCUCCAAACUUAUCGGCACCAAGAACUGCAGACAGGUGUAUGAGUUUGCUGUGAAGGAGGUCCUGAUUCACCGUAUGCCAGUGGAGGAUGGAGGAGUGUCUCCACAGAAGAAAAAGAGAAAGCACAGGUUAUGGGCCAAAAUCCAGCUAAAAAAAGAUAAUUUGUCCAAUCAGGUGUAUAACUACCAGCCGUGUGACCACCCUGAGCACCCGUGUGACAGCUCUUGCCCCUGCGUGAUGACCCAGAACUUCUGUGAGAAAUUCUGCCAGUGUGACCAUGAAUGCCAGAACCGUUUCCCAGGGUGCCGCUGUAAGACGCAGUGCAACACUAAGCAGUGCCCGUGUUACCUGGCUGUGCGCGAGUGCGACCCCGACUUGUGCAUGACCUGCGGGGCGUGCGACCAUUGGGAGAGCAAGCAGGUGUCCUGCAAGAACUGCAGCAUCCAGAGAGGCCUGAAGAAGCAUCUGUUGCUGGCUCCCUCUGAUGUAGCAGGGUGGGGCACCUUCAUCAAAGAGUCCGUUCAGAAGAACGAGUUCAUCUCUGAGUAUUGUGGAGAGUUGAUUUCACAGGAUGAGGCUGACAGACGUGGGAGAAUCUAUGACAAAUACAUGUCCAGCUUCCUCUUCAAUCUGAAUAACGACUUUGUCGUGGAUGCCACAAGGAAAGGGAACAAAAUCCGCUUUGCCAAUCACUCCGUCAAUCCCAACUGCUAUGCCAAAGUUGUCAUGGUGAAUGGAGACCACCGCAUUGGGAUCUUUGCCAAGCGAGCCAUCCAGCAAGGAGAGGAGCUUUUCUUUGAUUACAGAUACAGCCAAGCAGAUGCACUGAAGUACGUUGGAAUUGAGAGGGAGAUCGAUGUCGCCUAGACAAAGGAUGCGUCCUCUUUACCAUGAACUUUGACCUCUGACCUUGAGGUUCCUGACUCCACCGCAUUCCGUCACACUCUGUCUGGUCUGUAUGACAUAGAAGCUCAGCCAACCAACCAACACAUUGGAUGGCGGCUCCUCUGUCCAUGUCAAGUCAAUUAUCUCAAUCACACGACCGAAUCAAACACAGAACUCUCUCUCCCCACACACACACACACACACACACACACACACACACACACACACACACACACACACACAUACUCACACACACACACAGAGAAACAGACACACAGAC